CGAGAAUUUGAACACAGUGGAGGACCCCUGGCUUGGCUGAGGAGAGGUCGCUGGCUCCGAGGCGCAGGAGUUCAGUUAAGAAGAUGUCAGCUUUAACUCCAAGGAAGAGGAAGCAGCAUUCUCUGAACUGUGACAACCUAUCAUCAGAUAUUCCAUCAAAGAAAUUAAUUCUGGACUUUACUGAAAAUGUAUUUCCAUCACCUAAUCAAAAGCACACUUGUCAAAGCAGCGAUAAAAAUGAAGAGAAGUUUCAUCACUCUCAACAAGGCCAUUUCAUUUCAAGUUCACUCAAAACAACUAAAAUUAGAUUGCCACCUGCCGGUCAAGGUUCACCAUUUAAAUCUGCUAUGUCUACUGUAUCCUUUUACAACAAAGAUAAGUGGUACCUCAAUCCAUUGGAGAGAAAGCUGAUAAAAGAGAGUAGAUCCACUUGUCCAAAAACUAAUAAUGAAGAUAAAUCUUAUCCUAGUAUGACAGAAAAAAGGCAGAGAAAACCAGUCUGCUCCAAGAAAGUGAACAAAAAAUCACAGAAGAGUUUAACUGCUAAGUAUCAACCAAGUUACAAAUGCAUCAAGCCUGUAUCAAAGAAUUCUAAAAAUUCCAAGCAAAAUCGAGUGGCCUAUAAGCCAAAUGUGGAGAAAGAGAAUAAUUGUUACUCAGCUGAAAAUAAUCUAAAUCCUCCUCGGGUUCUAAGCCAAAAAGUCAAACCACAAGUUACCCUUCAGGGUGGAGCAGCUUUUUUUGUUAGUCGGAAAAAAACGCCUCUGAGAAAAUUGUCCCUGGAAGAUAAGCCAUUAUUGAGACUCACCCAGAAGAAUAAAUCAGAAGUUAUUGAAGAGUCUGAUGUAGAGACUGUCAGUGAAGGAAGUUCUGAGACAAGGCAAGUGCCAAAGUGCUUGUUACUAGAAAAGGAACUGAAUGUUGAGCUGCUGAGUGAAAGAAGUAAAAAUGAACAGAAAUUAAUAAAGGAUUCAUCAGGUAGAGUUGUUUCUUCAAAGGAAUGUAAAACUGAUGAAAGUAAGAGUUUUCCUUCAGAGGAUUCUUUCAGUGAGAACAAGGCAGUUUCUCCUGAGUCCGUUGUCUAUCCCAUCUUCAGUGUGUCUUCAGUCAAUACAAAAAGAUCUCUAGUUGAAGAAGAGUCUUCUUUGGGAUCCGUCACAUCUACUAACUUCUUGAAACAAGUCAAUAUACAGAAAAAUACUAACACCAGAGAUGCAAAUAAAGAAACAAAAGACCAGCUCAUCAUUGAUGCAGGUCAGAAGCAUUUCGGAGCCACCACAUGUAAGUCUUGCGGCAUGGUCUACGCUGCCUGCAGCCCUGAAGACGAGCUGCAGCACGCUCAGCAUCACCACAGGUUUCUGGAGGGAAUCCGAUACGCAGGCUGGAAAAAAGAACGUGUCGUAGCAGAGUUUUGGGAUGGGAAAAUUGUGAUGGUCCUGCCACGUGACCCGACUUAUGCUAUCAGAAAGGUUGAAGAGGUUCAAGAACUUGUUGAUAAUGAAUUGGGCUUCCAUCAAGUUGUUCCCAGAUACCCAAACAAAACCAAAACUUUUCUCUUUAUAUCUGAUGAAAAGAAAGUAGUCGGGUGUUUAAUUGCAGAGCCCAUCAAACAGGCCUUCCGUGUCCUGUCUGAACCAACUGGUCCAGAAUCCCCAAGCUCUAAAGAAUGUCACAGGGCUUGGCAAUGUUCAAAUGUACCAGAACCCGCAGUCUGUGGGAUAAGCAGAAUCUGGGUCUUCAGACUGAAGAGAAGAAAGCGCAUUGCAAGACGACUGGUAGAUACUCUCAGGAAUUGGUUCAUGUUUGGCUGUUUUCUCGGCAUUAAUGAAAUAGCAUUUUCUGACCCAACACCAGAUGGCAAGUUAUUUGCAACCAAGUACUGCAACACCCCUAAUUUCCUUGUAUACAAUUUUAAUAGUUAAAGCCAAUUUCAACUAUAGAACAGUUACUGUGUGGAUGAGUUCAGACAGCUUGUGAUCAUACAACACAAACUUAUUUAACAAAUAUCAAAGUAAAAAUUCUAAAACCCACACACAUAUAUAGAAACCUGCCUCAGUUUUGUUCAUUAUGAACUGAAAAGUCAUGGGUUUUUCAAAUUUGCUGAUAAUUAUUAGGGAAUUCAAAGAAAGGAAAAAAUCUUUGGAUGAUGUAUACUCACUAGCACUCUGAAUCCUUAAUUAUGAAACUUUGCAGCUAUAACUGGAAAAUUCCUUGGAUCCUACAUAAAAACAUGGACAGAGUGAGGUGGUUUUCUGCAGAAAUGUGGCCACUUAAUCAUCUAUAAAGCAUUUGUGGGCCAGAAUUAUCUCAUGCCUGAUCAGAAACAAACAGGAAAAUUAAAAGCCAGGCAAAUAAUUUCUAUUUCCAUUUUUUUUGAAGGUAAUUCCCGAAUUUGUAUACAAAAUUCUCACUUUAUAGGUACUUGGCUAUAGCAGCUCAGUCUGAGUAUAUUUAAAGUAUUUCAAGUUUCUAAUUUGUAACAGGGAAAGAUGAUAAAGAUUUCUAUAACCUUUUAUAUAGAACAGAAUUCUGUAGCUCAAUAUUUCAGUCUUUUUAAAAAUCAUUAAAAGCACACCUGUGAUCAGAUUUAAUUAAAAUUAAACUUUGUAACCACUAUUUUCGUUUCAUUAAUUUUUGGUGUUUGAAAACGCUACUUUAGUGAACUUAUUACUGGUGAUUGAUACCUAACAAAAUGGAUACCCAGUUGGAUUAGAUGAUUCGUAUGGUUACAUUUUAAAUGUAUAAUAACAGGACCAAGGUUAGUAAAUAAAUACAUCUAGGCUAAUGGGCCACAGAAUAUGAUGACAUUAUGUAAAUACAGCUAAGUAUGCACACAUUUUUCUAGUAUAAUUCUUGAAUACUUACUUUGAAAAACAAAGAAUGAUUGAGACUAUUUUUAUUUUGACAAAAUCAUUUAACUACUGUCUGGCAAUAAGACUCUAGGGAAAUAGUUGUCCAGGUUGUAACUCUAUGUAGAAUUUGUUCCUCUGCAUUCUUUUAUUUGCCUGUAAGUUAAUGGUUCCAAAAUUUUAAAGCCUACUUCCCAAAAAGACUGGAAGUGUUCAAAUGUGUAUAAUUAUACAAACAUUUUAAUACUAUU